AUGUCCGAGGUCGUAUAUAUCACUGUCGAUUCAUCGACGCCAAUUCGCGUAGAUGCGAUUUCCCAGACGCCCGACUGGAUCCACCCGCAUUUGAUCGAGAGCGUUGACCCGAUCAAAGGCCGCCAAUUUCGAGUGUCGGGCCUUGUUCCGAAAGGCACCCGCCUUCUCGUUGAUCGCCCAUACGCAGUUAUCCCAGUCGUGGAUGAGCCGGAAUCCAACGAUGAUCUCCUUUGCAGCAAUCCCGCUUGUAAUCGUCGCGCUAUCCGCCAACUAGGGCGACUCCCUUGCCCUAAAGCCUGCAUUCCCGACGUUGCAUGGUGUAGCAAUACUUGCCAGAGCACCGACCAAUACCGACACGAAUUUGAAUGUACCUGGCUCAAAAGAUAUGCAGGUCCGAUUAGGACUAAACGAGGUGAAUAUGAUUUCGGCAUGAUGUGGUUGAUUGUUCGCCUUUUAGCCACCCGGCAUGCCGAGAUGCGAAAUUCACCUGCGUCGGUCGGCAACAUCGCCGCGUUGAAAGCCCAACAAUGGAAACAUGGCUGGGCGGCGAUUGACUCAUUAUGUGGAUCAGCUGAUACCUGGGCUCACGACCAGGUCCGAUCGUGGACGUUGCUUGUGAAGAAAUAUCUGAAGCAUAGCCUUGUCCUGCCGCAUGGGUUGGAUACCGAGCGAAUACUUCAUCUUAUCUGCCAAGAAGAAGCAAAUUCUUUUGGCUUGUAUCCUCGUGAAACUGGUGCUCUGCAAUCGCCGAAUCCUCCAGUGGAUCGAGGAGAACAGUUCGCCGCGGCCGUCUAUCCCACGGCAUCAAUAGCCAAUCAUUCCUGCGUGCCGAAUAUAGUUCACAAGCCAGAUGAAAUGGGCCGAAUGGUUUUCGUGGCAUCACACGAUAUUUUUCCUGGAGAAGAAUGCUGCAUCUCAUAUUUUGACCUGACGCGGUUUGCGGACCGAGAUUCUCGCCGUGAGCAUCUUAGAAAAUCUUUCAAAUUCCCAUGUCAAUGUGAAAAGUGUGUAUCCGAGGAACUCACUAAAGAGACAACCACAUUGGAUGAAAUGCCAUCAAUCGAUGAAUUAUGA